GCAGAAUUUCCGGAGUGUAGGAAAGGUGGUGACGCCUUCGGACGUACGCAGGUCAGAAAGGUAACACGGAGGAAGUGCACUGCUGCGGGCGUGAGCUGCUUUUUCAAAGUCCCUGAGCAGGAAAAGGAGUGCGGUGUGUUCGAGAACCUGAAGGCAGGGCGUCUGGACCCCGGAGAGAAGGAGAGCUGGAGAGGCAGGCGUGGACCAGACCCAUGGUGAAGGGCAUGAUUUCCCUCUAGGAAUAAAAUGGAAGGCAAAUUGAGCAGAUUGGAAAUCCACACUCCAGUUUUUGACAAGAAAAAGAAAAAGUAUUCUGUAGAGAAGGAAAGACAUCGGAUGUGGGCCCAUGAGAAUUUCAGAGACUCCCCCUUGGAAAGUGAACUGUCUCACAAAACAAAGAGUAAAAACAAGAGAAAAGAUCACCAGUUUCUCACUUCUCCUUUAGAAAAAUCAGAACUCGGUGAUGAGACCAAAGAGGCCUCUCCUACAGCCAAAAAGAGGAAAAAGAAGAGGGCUUUGGGGGUGCAGGGCGACGCAGGCGUCGUGUAUGUCGUAGUGGAUAAAGAAAACAUUAAGGACACCCUGAAGAAUGUUCGAAAGGAUGUCGACAUCAUUUAUAUUGACGCGAGCAAGGAGCAAGCCUCAGCCAAAGGGCCUGAAGCUGAGCAGCUGCACACAGUUGCCAAGCGACGGAAAAAGGAGCUGGAAGAAGCACACCAUCAAGUCAGGGAGAAAAAGAAGAGGCGGAAGGAAGUUGCGUCCUGUGAUGAGGCUGAGCAAGGGGGCCCCAGUGCCAGCCUGCCCCAGCCCCAGCCCCAGCCGCAGCCCCUGCUUCCUGUGCCCCUCAAAGGCCCAGUUACACCACCGCUGGGGGCCGCUCGUGAAAGGAAGUCCAAGAAAAGGAAGAGAGAGAUUUCCCAUAACCAGGAGUCUGAGCGUCCUGAGACCGGGAGCUCUGAGGGAUGGCAAGCGGCCCACGACGCAGGCACUUCAGAAGGCAGGAAGGAACCCCGCAAGUUCAAGAAAAGGGCCAAGAAAAGGAGGCGAAGGUCUGCUGGUGACGGUGCCCGAGCGCCUGACGGUGGUUGUUCAGGCUGCCCCGCGAGCCGUGAGCGCCCGGACGCACCCUGCGAUUCACCGGAAGGUCACAGCUCCUUGGCUGAGGACAGCACAACACCCCAGCUGCCAGAGGAGCAGACACAGGCACCCUCGGAAGGGGCGGAGAGGGUAGGACCGGCCGGUAAAGACUCCGAGACAGUGUGUUUAUCUGAGGACUCGAAGGACUCGGACGUGGCCGGCGUGGACUUGGACGCCGCCGUGCAGCAGCUCCGCGAGUUCAUCCCCAGCAUCGGCGACAGGGCUGCCACCACGAUCAAGCGCAUGUACCGCGAUGACCUGGGGCGGUUUAGAGAGUUCAAAGCACAGGGUGUCGCCAUUAGGUUUGGCAAGUUUUCUGUGAAGGAAAAUAAGCAGUUAGAGAAAAACGUGCAAGAAUUCCUGUCCCUGACGGGAAUUGAGAGUGCGGACAAGCUGCUGUACACGGACAGGUACCCAGAGGAGAAGGCUGUGAUCACCGACUUGAAGAGAAAGCACGCCUUUCGCUUGCACAUUGGUAAGGGCAUUGCCCGGCCCUGGAAACUCGUGUACUAUCGGGCAAAGAAGAUGUUUGACGUCAACAAUUACAAAGGCAGGUACAGCACAGGGGACACCACGAAGUUAAAGAUGUACCACUCCCUCCACGGCAAUGACUGGAAGAAGAUUGGGGACUUGGUGGCCCGAAGCAGCCUCUCUGUCGCCCUGAAGUACUCCCAGAUCAGCAGCGAAAGGAACCACGGUGCCUGGAGCAGGGCGGAGACCCAGAGACUGAUCAGGGCUGUGGAAGAAGUGAUUCUAAAGAAAAUGUCGCCCCAGGACUUAAAAGAGGUAGAUUCUAAACUCCAAGAAAAUCCUGAACGCUGCCUGUCGAUUGUCCGGGAAAAACUCUACAAGGGUAUAUCUUGGGUAGAAGUCGAGGCGAAAGUAGGAACCAGGAAUUGGAUGCAGUGUAAAAGUAAGUGGACGGAAAUCCUGACCAAGAGGAUGACGAACGGUCGGGACGUCUACCGAGGAGUCAACGCACUGCAGGCCAAGGUCAACCUGAUCGAAAGAUUGUAUGAAAUAAACGUGGAAGAUGCUAAUGAGAUAGACUGGGAAGAUCUUGCCAGCGCCAUCGGGGACGUUCCUCCGUCUUAUGUCCAAAGUAAAUUUUACAAGCUGAAGGCCACCUGCGUUCCCUUCUGGCAGAAGAAGACCUUUCCAGAGAUCAUAGACUACCUGUAUGAGACGAGCCUGCCUCUGCUCAAGGAAAAGCUGGAGAAGAAGAUGGAGAAGAGAGGCAGGGAGCCGCACACUCCCGCGGCGCCGAAGCGGGCCUUCCUGUUCCGAGACAUCUUCCGCUGCCGUGACGAUGACAGUGAGGGGGAGGACGGAGCUGGAGGGACUUAGGGGGUGGGGCAUUUCUCGCCCACUCUCCACGCUUGGUUGUGUUUGCAUAUGUGUGCCGGUAAAGCUGUUUUCAGUGUCAAUAGAAGAGAAGAUACAGAGGCUGUAGACAUGACGACGUGUGUUGUGGAGCUUUGAGAACUGACAUCACCAGGUUCAAGUUUGUUUGGAAAGGAAGAGCAUAGGUGAUGCUUUCACACUUCAGUCAUACUGAUAAAAUCGCAGCUGACGCUUUUUCUGAAACCACAGGACCCCAAGUCCCCAUGCAGAGGAGGAUAGUUAGUCACGUCCUGUAAGCACUUUGUUGCCAGGCGCCCCCAGCGCAGUGAGAGCAUCGGCCCUUCCCCUGUUGCUGAGGCUGUGCUCUCGGUGGAUCAGGUGUAGGUGAGUGUCAGAGGGAGUCCUGGGUGCUUUCAGUUCCCUGCGCGUGUCAUGCAUGUGCAGCUUGUCUUCCUGGGCGGCUUCCUGGUGUGUAAGUGUGUGUGCUUUUCACACAAGACGCCCUCUCCGAGCCGGUUGCGAACUCCUCUGGAGGCUGCCCGCAGGGAAGAAACUCAUACCAUCUUCCAUUGCUUCCAGGAAAACUGGCACUUAGGGAAAGCUGUGGGUCUCGAACCUCCUGGAGACUUGAGGGCUCCCCUGUGGGUCAGGAAAGCAGAACACUGCAGGCACUGCAGAUGGAGACGGACCCCUGUGGGGUCCAGGCCACAGAGUCGUUACACGGGGUGCAGGAGCCAGCAGGGCGGUCGGAUUAGCCAGCAAUGGGGGCCCGUGGAGCGGCCACCACAGCCCCUCUGCCUACAUGCCCCCGUGCUCCCCCGCCAACUCUGGGCUGUCUGGAGCCUGUGCGGCUCUGUCCCUUCUCUGCCACUCAGCCCCAGCUAGAACAUGUGUCUCCCAUGGGCAGCCCCCAAGCAAGGCCCGCUGGGCAGGGGAGUCGCGUUCCAGGCUCCUCCCCACAUCUGUACAAGGCAGAGCCCAGGAAGGACAGUGGGCUGCGCAGCGUCCCGCACACCGUGUCCCCGCCCAUGCCGGGGUGCAGCCCAGUGUCCCCCGAGUGUCUUCCCCAUUGUCACUUGAGUUAUAUCAUGCUGUGAUGUUGGUUCCCAAACCUGCCGUGACUGGGGAAGGGAGAACACAGACAAACCAGUGUCCGGGUCCCCAGAGUCUCCCCAGAACCCCGAACAGCAUUGUGCAAAUGCAGACACUCAGUAAAUACUCAGUGAGCAAAAGCAUAUUUUCUUUUUAGAAAGCAUUUUGCCUUUAGUCACUCCUCUGUGAGACAUGCCAGCCUCCAUGCUGCUGGGAAUAUGAAUUGUAUGUUCCUUGUGGCAGACAAUCCGGUAAGAUACAGUGAAUCCUUAAGAAUGUACAUACUCUGUGAUCCGGGAAUUUCACGUCUAGAACCAUGAAAUACUAGAACUAAUAUAUGAGAAUGGCACAUUUACCGUAUAUAAAAAACAAAAAAGUGUAAAUGUUUCUUAAUAGGAAACUUGUUAAGUAACUGUAUAUUCCUAGAAUGGAGUAUUAUGCAGUAAUGUUAAAUGCUGACAGUUUUGGUUAACACAAAAAGAGGUGAAGAGUAUUAUCAACCGAGAUAUUUCAGAAGAGUAUAUAUUUUCUCAAUUUUGUAAAAUAAGAAAAGAAAAUGUGUGUAUAUAGGUACAUUAAAAUAUGCAGAAGAAUUGAA